AUGAAUCUGGUGAUUAUGCCCCUGAGGGGGGUGUCACUCCAUUCGGGACCGGUUUGCUUCGACGACCCUUCAGACUUCGAUAAAGCGGGCCACGUGGCCCGAUCUCGAAGCUGUACCCUCUCAUCUGGCUCACUUGAUGUCUUCAUAUUUCCUGCGUUUUGCCAGCACACUUCCGUCCACAGCUUAACUGACAAGCUCGAGUUCGUUGUUGAUGUCGUCAUUGUGGAGGCACAUCAGUUUCGACUGGCCGAUGGGGACUUCACGAACAUGUUUGUCUGGCGUCUGUUCUGGCGCAUGUAG